UGGGCGGAUGUGGCUGCGCGAUACUCAGGAACUGCUGUCUCGAGUCUGGCUGUGACAGAUACAGUUCCCGAGGAUUGGCAUGAUUUGCAGCCAAUUCUGCUAAAACUGAAUACUAGUUUUUUUACGCUUGGUAAGUCUAUACGUGCAGUGUUAGUGGCCAGAUAAGUUACAAUAGUAACUUCAAGUCCAGCUGCGCGCUACGCCCCUCCGUUCGCACACACACAGGUGUUCACAAUGGCAGCACAGUGCAUGACCAAGGUGGAGCUGACAGUCUCCUGUGAGAACCUUCUGGAUAUGGACAUAGGUUCAAAGUCUGACCCUCUAUGUGUCCUUCUGAUGAACAGCUCUGGAAGUCAGUGGUUUGAGGUGGCUCGUACUGAGAGGGUGCAAAAUUGCCUCAGUCCCAAGUUUGCAAAAAAGUUUGUUGUGGAUUACUACUUUGAGCUGGUGCAGAAGCUCAUGUUUAGAAUCUAUGACAUUGACAACAAAACAGUUGACCUCAGCGAUGAUGACUUCCUGGGGGAGCUGGAAUGCACUUUGGGUCAGAUUGUGUCCAGUCAAAAACUAACACGACCACUGGUUUUGAAGAACAAGAAACCUGCAGGAAAAGGCACUAUUACGAUAAGCGCUGAAGAAAUAAAAGACAACAGGGUAGUGAAUUUUGAAGUGGAGGCAAGAAAACUGGACAAUAAGGACUUUUUUGGGAAGUCUGAUCCAUACCUGGAGUUCUACAAACAGACAGAGACAGCAUGGCAGUUGGCUCACAGGACAGAGGUGGUGAAGAACAAUCUGAAUCCCACCUGGAGACCCUUUCAGAUCCCUCUGCAGUCCCUCUGUGGGGGAGACAUGGAUAAACCCAUAAAGGUGGAGUGUUAUGACUAUGACAAUGACGGGUCACAUGACCUCAUCGGGAUCUUCGAGACCAAUAUGACCCGAUUGCUACAGGCAUCACGUGCCUCGCCGGCGGAAUUUGAGUGUGUGAACAGUAAAAAGAAGCAGAAGAAGAAGAAUUACAAGAACUCAGGUGUGGUGAGCGUAAAGGUGUGCCAGGUUGUAAGGAGAUAUACAUUCUUAGACUACAUCAUGGGCGGAUGCCAGAUCAACUUCACGGUGGGGGUAGACUUCACAGGGUCCAACGGUGACCCGCGCUCCCCUGACUCUUUGCACUACAUCAGCCCCCAGGGCAUCAAUGAGUACCUGGCAGCCAUCUGGGCUGUAGGUAUGGUAAUCCAAGAUUAUGACAGUGACAAGAUGUUUCCAGCCUUUGGCUUUGGAGCCCAGAUUCCUCCUACCUGGCAGGUCUCUCACGAGUUCCCCCUCAAUUUCAACCCUGCUAAUCCAUUCUGUGCAGGCAUUGAGGGCAUAGUGGAGGCCUACAGGAUCUGCCUACCACAGGUCAAGCUUUAUGGGCCAACAAACUUCUCUCCCAUUAUCAACCACGUGGCUCGCUUUGCUGCCCAGGCCACCCAGCAGAAAACAGCCUCGCAAUACUUUGUCCUUCUCAUCAUCACCGAUGGCGUGAUCACUGACCUGGACCAGACACGCAGCGCCAUCGUCAGUGCGUCAAAGCUGCCCAUGUCCAUCAUUAUUGUUGGAGUGGGUGGGGCUGACUUCAGCGCCAUGGAGUUUUUGGAUGGUGACGACGGCCGGCUGCGAGCUCCCUCAGGAGAGCCUGCCACGCGGGACAUUGUGCAAUUUGUGCCUUUCCGAAAGUUCCAGAACGCUCCAAAGGAAGCUCUGGCCCAGUGCGUGCUAGCAGAAAUACCAGGUCAGGUGAUGGCCUACUUCAACAUGGUCGGCCUGAGCCCACCCAACGACCCCACCCCAGUGUCAAACACAGAUAUGCCGCUACAAAGCUAAGCUGCCCAUCACAGCAACUGUUGCAUAGCAACAGAAAGGACUCUCAUCAGCCAAGGACGUCACUCAUUUAUUGCAGGAACCCAUAAUUUUUUUUUUUUUCGUUCUUUUAUAUUAAGUCAGUUCUUGCAGUUUUCUGUUUUUUUUUUUUUUUUUUUUUGAAAUACAUAUAUAUAUGCAUUAAAGGAAAAUUGAUAUCUUAUUAAAUGUAAAGUUGAAUUAUUUGGAAUGCCAAUGGUGAAGGGCAGACUUGGCCAUCUCUGUGCCAUACAAGCCUGAUACUCUCUUGGUCUUAAGCACUCAACUACACUUUCUCAGAGGAAUCGGCAUAGUUUUCACUUAAGUGUAAUCAAUUAUUUCUCUGUUGCACAGUUGUGAUCUGGGGAGAGGUCUUGCAAGCCACCGUGAGGAAUCUCGCAACAGUCAAGAAAACAUAUCGAUUUCAUGGUUGCGGUUCUUAAAAUUCUGAUAUUUUGUUCACAUUUAUCUUAGUUUUUAUAGUUUCUAUAACAUGAUACACUAAAUUUGUGCACUAGAAACCAGGUUUCGAAAACAUGAUUAAAGUUUGUCUACACUCAUGUUUGCAUCAGUUUUGACAAGCAGUAAUUAAAGGACAAGUCAGGUUCACACUGUCUCACAAAGGUGUCUUUUCACUGCAUGCAGGAGAGCUCACUGCAUGGUAAAUCCCUGCUUAUAGCAGCUCUUGGAACAGUGACAUCGCCAAAACGUUUCUUUACUCUCAAUUUCAGCACAUAUUCAUUCUUUAGUUAAAUACGUAUGAAGUAUGAUACACGUAUGAUAGUUUGUGAUCUUUGUUUCAAGUUCUUAGUGUACACAAUGUUCAGUAUAUUUACUGUUGCAUAACCAGAAGGUCCUUUUUGUACCCUUGUGAAAUAUUACCAUGAUGUUCUCAGAUCAACAUGCAGGGCAGAGUUCAAUCUAACCCAGCCUAGUACAUUUUUUAAAACUUGCAUUUUAUGUCUAAAAAACAUGUAAAUGUGCUUGAAUCCAGUAUAACAAGCUAUAUUUUUAAGUCUAUAACAAAUUUACAUUAAAUAGCAUGCUUGUGUAAAUGUUAAUGAUUUUGUGUUGCAAAAUACUACAUUAUAAAUACAAAAGCAAUGUACCUUUUAU